CUCGAGGAGAAGGAUUGUCGGCAACUGGGCACAGAUAGCCACGCAUUAUAUGGAAUUGGGAGAGCAAAAAUAUGCGCCCAUCACUCAGCAGCUUUGCCUGAGACAUUGUACAAUAGAUUCCACUCGGACGUAUGAGCCUCUAUCAUAGGCAAUACAAAUUACAGCUACAUAUGUGUACCCAUUCAAUUCGAUUCCCAUCAAAAUCGCGGUUUCAACAUCAAGGCGUCUACGCAAAGACGAAAUGUACUGCCAAUCAUUGCGCUCCUCUCCACAGGCUCCGAAGAACCGCGAGAGCACCGCACCCAAGAUCGAUAGUUGGUGGUCUGUUCUCCACUCCACGUGACGAUUCUCGAUAUCAUAGAACCUGGAAGGGCCUCCCUCGAAAAUGCUUUUGUGGGUGUUGUUUUUUUGCGUUGUUCAUAAAGAAGAAGAAGAAGAAGAACAGGAAGAAGGCUCGCCAAAGUUUUUUUUAAAGAGCGAGGAAGUAUUGCACAGAUGGAUUCAAUGGUCCGCUGUAGCACAUCCCCGAUAAGAAUUAAUUAUGGUAUUCCACCUUGGGCUUGA